CUGCACGCACCGGGCACUAGUGAACUGCAUUUCCCAUCGUGCAUCGCGCCGGGAAGAGCCUCCUGGACCACAACUCCCGGCAUACCGCCUGUCCCGGCGGCGCGGCCCGGAGCUGGUUUGACGGGCGGAGCGGCGGCGGAGGAUGGAGGCGGUGGUGUUCCUCUUCUCGCUCCUCGACUGUUGCGCGCUCAUCUUCCUCUCUGUCUACUUCAUCAUUACAUUGUCUGAUUUAGAAUGUGAUUACAUUAACGCUAGAUCAUGUUGCUCAAAAUUAAACAAGUGGGUCAUACCAGAGUUGAUUGGCCACACCAUUGUCACUGUGUUAAUGCUUGUUUCAUUGCACUGGUUCAUCUUCCUUCUCAACUUACCUGUUGCCACCUGGAAUAUAUAUAGGUUCAUCAUGGUGCCAAGUGGUAACAUGGGAGUGUUUGAUCCAACAGAAAUACACAAUCGGGGGCAGUUAAAGUCACACAUGAAAGAAGCCAUGAUCAAGCUUGGUUUCUACCUGCUCUGUUUCUUCAUGUAUCUCUAUAGUAUGAUUCUAGCUUUGAUAAAUGACUGAAGCUGGAGAAGCCGGGGUUGAAGCCAGCUACACUACACUGCACAAUUGAGGAGCCAGAGACUACUUAAACCACCCUUAAAACCGUGACCAUAGCAGUAUAUAUUUUGGUCUUUGAACAAAAAAAAACCAAAAAACCUAUUUUUGCUGUAUUUUUACCACAUAAAGUAUUUACAAAAAAA